AUGGCCCUCUGCUUGGAGUGGCUGCCAGAGAGCAAGGGGAUCGUGACCGGGUCUGCCAACCACUCCAUCUCCUUGUGGUCCCCCGACACCCUCGAGCUCCUGUGCUCCGACACCCUCCUGCACACGGGCUACGUCAGAGCGGUCGCCUGCUCUCCUGACGGGGAGCAAGUGGCGUCGGGGGGCUCAGACAUGGUGAUCUGCAUCAGGAGAGUGACGAGCUCUCCUGUGCUCUUUGCGCCCGGAGGGAAGCAUCUGGUCGGACACAGCUCGUGGGUCCGGUGGAUUCACUUCACCCGAGACAACAAGCGGCUGAUCAGCGGCAGCGACGACCAGACGGUGAUGGUGUGGGACACCAGGACAGGCGCUUCCAUGCAGACGCUCCGAGCUCACUCGCACACAGUC